GGAGAGGGGAGAGGGAGAGAGGGCAUUAUCUCCACUUCUCACGGCCAUAGCCGAGUAUUUGCAACGUGCAGCAUGCAGAGGUGAAAACGUAACGGUGCCCGCCGCUCGAGGUUUACAUCCUUGACGGUAUUCCAGCCGCGCAGCAUUUAUUAUUUUUAUUUUAUUAUUUUUAAACGAGCUCCUCGGAGCCAGCCGCGUGCACUCAUGCAUUCGAACAGAGGAUUAGCGCGGAGGAAUUGCCUUGAGACCAUGAACUGCAGUUGGGGGACGGAGCUAUGGGAUCAGUUUGAUAACUUGGAGAAGUACACGCAGUGGGGCAUCGAGUUUGUGGAGCGCUACACCAAGUUCGUGAAGGAGCGGUCCGAAAUUGAGCUGAGCUAUGCCAAGCAAAUAAGAAAUCUCUCUAAGAAAUACCAGCCCAAGAAAAACUCCAGAGAGGAGGAGGAGUACAAGUACACCUCCUGCAGGGCGUUUCUCAUGACCCUGAACGAGCUGAACGACUACGCCGGGCAGCACGAGGUCAUUGCUGAGAGCCUCUCGUCUCAGAUCAUCUCAGAGCUGACCCGCUACAUCCAAGAGCUGAAGGCCGAGCGCAAAGCGCAUUUCCACGAUGGCCGCAGAGCCCAGCAGCAUAUCGAGAACUCCUGGAAGCAGCUGGAGUCGAGCAAACGAAGGUUCGAGCGAGACUGCAAGGAGGCGGACCGAGCCCAGCAUUACUUUGACAAAAUGGACGCUGACAUUAACGUAACCAAGGCAGACGUGGAGAAGCGGUGUUCACUCAAGGCUAAGCAGCAGGCUCAGAUGAGGCAUCAGAUAGCCGAUGACAGUAAGAAUGAGUACCUGUCCUACCUACAGAAGUUUAAUAAAGACCAGCAUGAGCACUACUACACUCUUAUCCCUCACAUCUUUCAGAGGAUCCAGGAGAUGGAGGAGAGACGGAUUGAGAGAAUAGGGGAGAGUAUGAGGUGCUAUGCUGAGGUGGAGCGUAAGGUACUGCCCAUCGUUAGCAAAUGUCUGGAUGGAAUGACCAAGGCAGCGGAGUCUAUCGAGCCCAAAAUGGACACCAAGCAGGUCGUGGAGACGUUCAAGUCGGGCUUCGAGCCCCCGGGGGAUGUGGAGUUUGAAGACUACAGCGUGUCCAUGAAGAGAGCCGUGUCGGAGUCCAGUUUUCUGAAUGCCCGUGGGGAGAGCCGGCGCAGGAGCCGGAGCAAACUGUGGCCUUUAAUUAAGAGGAAUAAGCUUAUGUCUUUGUUAGCGUCACCCCGCCAGCCCCCUCCCCCUCCCCCCACGUCCCCCUCUCCGGAAGGCCUGGCAAAUGGCCCCCAGUCACCCCAGCAGCCCAAGGAGCCGCUCAGUCAGCGCCUCAACGACUUCAUGAGCUCCAAACACAAAAUGCAGUGCCUGAGGAGCCUCAAGCGUGGGCUCUCCCUGAAGCUGGGAACAGGCCAGGAGGACUACAGUCACUUACCACCUGAACAGAGGAGAAAAAAACUGCAAGCCAAGCUUAAUGACAUCAGCAAGGACAUCCAAAAAGAGAUGGAUCAGAGGGAUGCCCUGACUAAAAUGAAAGAAGUGUACAUUAAGAACCCUCACAUGGGUGACCCCAACAGCGUGGACCCUCGCUUAGAGGAGGUGCAGCAAAGCAUAGAGAAGCUUCAGCUCGAGGCACACAAAUAUGAGGGCUGGCUAACGGACGUGGAGAGAAAACUGCUGGAGAAGGGCAGCACUCAGCGGAGACAGAGCGCUCACUUUGACUCGCAGGGCAACACACCCAACAGCUGUGCCCAGAACAGAGAGAGUCCGGAUGGCAGCUACACGGAGGACCCCAGCACGGAAACAGUGCAGUUCAAGUCCCGCAGUACUGAGUUUGACGAUGAGUUUGAUGAUGAAGAUCCUUUACCCACCAUAGGAACAUGCAAGGCACUCUACCCCUUUGAAGGCCAGAACGAGGGCACCAUCCCAAUGGCGGAGGGCGAGAUGCUGUACGUGAUCGAGGAAGACAAGGGUGACGGCUGGACACGCGUGCGCAGGAACGAAGACGAGGAAGGAUACGUGCCCACGUCCUACAUCAAGCUGUGCUUCGACGCAAACUCCAAAGAUCCCUAAAAGCGUUUGGCUGGCACAGGAGUGGCAGGGCAAGCGUCCUUGCGCGAAACAUCCUCCUUCUUAAAUGUGUAGUCAGAGAGGUGCUGUGUGAGGCCUGCCUGACAGGCAGUUCCAUUCUUAGCGCGGUCUCUGAAUCUCCUUCUCCUUCGGCCAGAGGCAAAAAACUACUCGGAAUGUUGUCUGAGGUCUUUAUUUUCCUUUUUUUAAACAAGCAAACAAAAAAAAAAAACGUAGUGUGCUGAUGAUUUGCUGAGCUUGCUUCUUGUAUGGACCUAGACUCCUUUAGCCUUGUGUGCUAGCUGCUUGCUGUCAGACCAGAGCCCUUAGGUACAACCAGUAGUCCUCAGAGGCAGAUACAGGACUGUGAAGUGCACGUAGUUGUAAAGGCUUUCACUUAUAAUAACAUAGUACCUGGCGUACUUCUGUUAAAUGCCUGACCUGCACAAGAUCCUUUGCUGAAAAAACAACCUUUUUAAGAACAUUAUCAGUCCUGACUUUGUUGUGCUCAUUGAAAACCAUUCAAAAUGUUUUUUUUUUUUGUUUUUGUUUAUUUUUUUUGUGGGAGGGGUGAAGUCAUGCUUGCACUGAUGAUGAAAAGUCAUUAUACAGUAUGGUGUGUUUUUUUUUUGAGAGUAAAUCUCCAUCGAGUGUGUGUAGAAGUGCGUGAGGCAGCUCGUAGGGUUGUGUGUCCGCCGCACUGGUAAGCGCACCUCUAUAGUCGCUCUCACUCUCUGCACACAGACAGAGCAGUGCCACCUCACUCUCUCUCACUCGCUCACUCACUCACUCACUACCCUGUAAUGUAUGUACACACGCCACACCUCUUCUCUCUCUCU